UUCAAAUUCAUCCUUCUACAUAUUGUUGACUAUAGGUUAAAAUUAUCUUUCUACUAUAUUUUAGACAGAAUGGUGAUACUGUCAACCGCAUUCGUCACUUUUUGAUUAGGAACUGGGUGGUCUCUAUCGCCCAUAUUUAUACAAAGGCUAAUUUGGUAGUUGAUGGUUUAGCAAAUUUGACGUUUAGUCAAGAAUCUCGCUUUGAAUGACAUUCACACGUGCAUUCUAGCAUUUUUUCGUGUGUUGGAGAAGAUGUUUUCGGGAACUAGUUUCUUAUUAUUUUAGUUCUCUUUAGCAAAAUAGAAAGGACAGUUACGGAGUAAUUUGUCAACAUAAAAUAUAUGGAUGAUCAAAGUAACUGAGGAUAAAAUUAGACUGUUUGUAUACUGGAGAAGCUACUUUUGACCCUUUCUCAAAAUAUAAAAAGGAAAAGAAUGAAGAAGAAAACCUUAAGCAGUACUCUUAGGUGUAACAUCUUGUCUUUGACACCUCUGCUUCAGUACAAAAAAACGCAUAAGCACUUGCAUGAACUAGAGACACAAACAUGCAUGUUUCUAAAACGAAUUUAAAAACAAAAAAGAAGAAAAAAGAGAUAGCAACAAGAUCAAAUGUAGCACUUGACAAGUAUCAAAAUUCUAACCAUGGAGGUAGCCACGUAUCUUUGAACAGUUCCCACCAUCAAAGCCUUCACCAACUAUAAAUCUCCUAUCUAAAACCUGUUUUGAUGCACCCAAACUCAACUUUUUCUUCUCUUAAAAUAAAAUAAAAAUUCAGUGCCAUUUUCCUCCCCACAAUGUCAACCUUCUCUGUUGAUGAUCCAAGAAGGUCUAAAAAAAUAAUCCAAGCCACUUCCAGAAAAGGCUGCAUGAGAGGCAAAGGUGGUCCCGAAAAUGCUAGCUGCACCUAUAAGGGUGUCCGCCAACGUACUUGGGGCAAAUGGGUUGCUGAGAUCCGCGAACCCAAUCGCGGAGCCAGACUCUGGCUCGGCACCUAUGAGAAUUCUUACGAUGCCGCUGUGGCCUAUGAUCACGCGGCCCGUAAGCUCUAUGGUGCCGAGGCCAAACUCAAUUUGCCUCAUCUGUUCAACAAACAGGCCCAGGCUGAACCCCAGGCCCAAAUACAAAACUCCAGGCCCAACACCAUUUGUGCGGCUCCAGCUCCAGCUCCGGUUCCAACAACUGUUUACAAUGUGGCUUCACCAUCAACUUGGAGUGUUGGAAAUGACACCUCUCUUUGUUUCAACAAUGAUUUUGGUACCAACAAUUUUUCUGGUAAUGAUCCAAAUGCAUUUAUGUGUUUGGACAUCAACCAAACUGCUGAUGAAGGGUUAGAUGAAAACAAUAAUAAUCAGCUUGGUGGAGAAAUGUGGAGAGAUUUGAAUAUGUUGCCAGUAAUUGAUGAUUCUUCUAUAUGGGAAGAAGCAAAAGCAACAACUUCAUUUCAAGAGGCAGUGAAUGAUCCAGGGUUAUAUGCAUGCAACUUGGAUGAUGGGAUUAACUAUCCUCCAUGGUGUGGUUAAGUACUUAUUAAUUUAUGUGUUUAAUUAGCUCUCUUUAUAUAUAUGGUAAAAAAAUAUAUAUAAAGAAAAAAAAUGCUUGGAUAUAUGGUAUAUACUUUACUUGUAUAGGUAUUAGAGCAUGUAUAUAGCUCUAUCUUUAAGUUUAUGUGCAGGAAGUUACUAAAAGUGUCUAGGGUAAUUACUGUGACGGGUACUAUAGUGUGUUGAGAAGCGCAUAUAUAUGGACUGUAAAAUGUUCAGCUUGUAUUAAGCAAAUAUUAAGAAAGAAAAAAAAAAAAGAAUAGUAAUAUAUAGAUAUAUGUGUAUAUAUAUAUCUAAGUCUACAAGUUUAGCAGUUAUCCAUAUGAUGCAACAAUUAAACGUUUCUCGGAUUUUUGAGAUUUUUUUCUUAGAAACUAUUGGUUGAUAUCGACAUGCAUGCGCUACACGCUUCAUGUCACUAUUUAUGUAUUUACUUAUAUAAGUUUGGUUGAGAUUAAGGGGUGUACCGACAUGCAUGAGAUUUUUACUAUUAAGUUAGUAAAAAAUAGUAUAAAUUAUACAAAUCAUUAUCUUACUCUUUUUUCCUGCUAUCGACUUCAUAUGCAUUUUCAUAUAAAGAGAAGUCUAUAACGCGAUCGAUACAAAAUCUUUUAUAAUAUACCACGUGUCAAAAUCAUCCGCCUCAUUACUGCCUAUGCUUCUUUAAUCCGCCUCAUUGCUACCUAUGCUUCUUUAAUAAACUAUAUAACAUGCAUGGUCGAUUUUAUAAUAUGUAAAAGCACGCUAUUUUCAAUUAUUUUUAACUCGUAAAAGCUUAACUUAUAUCUUGUCAAAAAUAUAAAAUUUUAGCCGAAACAAAAAUUUAGUGACUAUCUUUUUUUUAGCCAUUUUAACACCAUCGGUGAUGACGAUGACCGAAUCUAAAAAAAGGUCUAGGGUGGUAUUACUUCCCAAUCAAAUCUAUUCUGCCUUUUCCCUGGGAUUGGUUCUUGUUUGUACAUUGUUAUUCUAUAUUCUGAAAAAGGAGAUGGUAAUGGUGACGGUGAUGGUUGGGUUAAAAAAGAAAGGAAGAGGUAGUGUCGGUAGCGGUGGCAUCACCAAAUUAACCAAUCUAAAAAGAAAAACAGAAGAAGAAGAGGGAGGUGGUUAUUGGCGGUGAUGAUCAAAUAUGAACAAACAAGGAGGAGGAUCAGAGAAGGGUUGGUGAGUGAAAAAAACAAAGUAUGGUGAUGGGCAGAUCUGAAGAAGGAGGAGGAGGAGAAAAAAGUGGUGGCGCUGGCCGAAUCUAAAUUGGGAGGAUAAAGAGGAGGUGGCAGUGGUGGUCGAACCAGAAAAACAAAAAGGAGAAGAUAAUUGUGAUGUUGCCCAAAUAUGGGGGAAAAAAGGUGAUUUUGAUGUUACCCGAAUCUUAAAAAAAGAUGGUUGUGAUGUUACCCAAAUCUGAAAAGGAGGUGGUGAUGGUGGUGACUGAAUCUGAAAAAGAAGGUGGUGCUGGUGGUGAUCGAAUCUGAAAAAGGAGAUGGUAGUAACUAGGUGGUGCUGAUGACAAUGGUUUGGUCAGAAAAGAAGAAAGAUCAGAAUUGGGGUGAUGAUCAAAUCUAAAGAAUAAGGAGGAUCAGAGGGAGGUGGCGAGUCAAAAAACCAUAUGGUGGUAGCAAGAUCUUAAGAAGGAGAAGGAAAAGAAGAAAGUGGUGGUGGUGACCGGAUCUAAAAUGGAGGAUUAAGAGGAGGUGAAGGUGAUGGUGAAACCUAAAGAAGAAAAAUAAAUAGGUAGUGAUAAUAUUGCCCAAAUUAGAAAAAAAGGUGUGUUGGUUGAAUCUGAAGAAAAAAGAGGUGGUGAUGGUAACGACGAUGGUCAGAUUUAGAAAGAAGAAUAAAGAGGUGGUGUUAGUGGCGGCGGCACCACUAAACCGAUCUAAAAAAAGAAAAAGAAAAAGAAGGAGGUGGUGGUUGGUAGUUAUUAAAAAAAAUGGGGGUGGCGAGUGAAAUAAAUGUAUGGUGGUGGCCAGAUCUAAAGAAGAAGGAGGAGAUGAAAGUAGUGGCGGAAACCGGAUUCAAAAUGGGAGGAUUAAAAGGAGGUGGUGGUCUAACCAGAAGAAAAAAGAGGAGCAAGUAGUGGUGAUGUUUCCCAAAUCUAGAAAAAAAAAAAGGAAGAGGUGGUUGUGAUGUUACCAAAUUUUAAAAAAAGAUAGUUGUGAUGUCACCUAUAUCUGAAAAAAAGGUGGUGGUGGUGAUCAUAUCUGAAAAAAAACAUGGUGUUGGUAGUGAUCGAAUCUGAAAGAGAAGGUGGUGGUGGCCGAAAUUAAGAAGAAUGAGGUGGUAGUAGUGACGAUUGUUAGAUCAGAAAAAUAAGAAGGAAGAGGUGGAAUUGUAGCGGCGGAAUAACUAGAUCGAUCUUAAAGUAAAACAAAACGGAAAAGGUGGUGGUUGGGGGCGAUGAUCAAAUCUGAAGAAUAAGGAAGAGGACCAAAAGGGGGAACGGGUGGCUAGUGGAAAAAAAUACUACUUUCUUUUUCGGGUUCGGUCAUCACUACCACCUCUUUUUUCAAAUUUAGGUUAUAGCAAAAUCAUCUUCAUUUCAUUUUAGAUUCGACAACAUCACAACCACUUGUUAUUUUAUUUUUUUCCAAAUUUGGGCAACAUCAUCACUACCUCUUCUUUUUUCUUCUUCUGGUUCGACAUGAUUGUCAGCUCCUCGCAAUACUCCCUUUUUAGAUCUGUCCACCCACCACCACUCCCUUCUUCUCCUCCUCCUUCAGAUCUACAAAAAAAGUGAUGUUGGUAGUGAUCAUUCUUAAAGAGAAGAUGGUGGUGGCCGAAUUUGGAGAAGAAUGGGGUGAUAGUGGUGACGAUGGUUAGAUAAGAAAAUAAGAAGGAAGAAGUGGAAUUGCGGCGGCAGCAUAACUAGAUCGAUCCAAAAAAGAAAAAGAAAACGGACAAGGUGGUGUUUGGGGGCGAUGAUCAAAUCUAAAGAAUAAGGAAGAGGAUCAAAGGGGUAGGGGGGGUAGCGAGUGAAGAAAAUAACACCACUUGCUUUUUCGGAUCCGGUCAUCACCACCACAUCUUCUCUCAAAUUUAGGUAAUAGCAAAAUCAUCUUCAUUUCUUUUUAGAUUCGACAACACCGCAACCACUUUUUUUUUUUUCUAGAUUUGGAUAA